CCAUCUUUGAUGGUAGCGGAGCCGCUGGGAGGCUACAGGCGGUCGUUUGCCACCACGCGCAGCCUUAGUGGGCGUCCAGUGCUGGAGAGACGCGCAGGGUGUCGGUUCGCUGCUGAAAUUCACGGGCAUUUCUGCCGUUUUCAGUCAACAGAAGUUUAGUCCAUCCGGUAGGACCGGCAUUUCCCAGUCGGAGACGGGCACCCGUCCACAUAUCCGUGGAUCAUGGCAAACGACGCGGACAUGCGCAACGAGCUGGCAGACAUGCAGCAGCGGGCCGACCAGCUGGCCGAUGAGUCACUGGAGAGCACUCGUCGCAUGCUGCAGCUAGUGGAAGAGAGCAAAGAUGCUGGUAUCAAGACUUUGGUCAUGCUGGAUGAGCAAGGAGAACAACUGGAACGCAUCGAGGAAGGGAUGGAUCAAAUCAAUAAGGACAUGAAGGAAGCAGAAAAGAAUUUGACGGAUCUAGGAAAAUUCUGUGGUCUUUGUACUUGUCCUUGUAACAAACUCAAGGGGGGUGGUGGCAAGGCUUGGGGCAACAACCAGGAUGGAGUGGUGGCCAGCCAGCCUGCACGCGUGGUGGAUGAGCGUGAACAGAUGGCCAUCAGUGGAGGCUUUAUCCGCAGGGUAACGGAUGACGCCCGAGAAAACGAGAUGGACGAGAACCUGGAGCAGGUGGGAGGCAUCAUCGGCAACUUGCGCCACAUGGCCCUGGACAUGGGCAAUGAGAUCGAUACCCAGAAUCGCCAGAUCGACAGGAUCAUGGAGAAGGCUGACUCCAAUAAAACCAGGAUUGAUGAGGCCAACCAACGGGCCACGAAGAUGCUGGGAAGUGGCUAAACGCUAACAGGAAGUGCUUAUAUCCUUAUUUGCAUCACCCCAGUCCGCUUCAUAUGCUGUUCCCAGAACAGUGCCAAUAUGCUUUCAUCAUGGAAUUUUCCUACUCAGUUUGCACACACUCCCCAUUCCUCAACACUGUAAAUGUUGUUAUGUGUCGUCUGUCAGCUUUUUAAAUUACAGUCUUUGUAAAUGGUUUGUUUUACUUCUAUAAGGUUGUACAUAGUGCUGAUUUGAAGGCUAUAGCUCACUUGUGAAGUCCUUGUUCUCAUUUUUUUAAUGUAUAUCAUAUAUAUAAUAUAUCAUUGCUGGAUGACAACUAAUGUAGGAAUGCUUUACAACAUUGCUUUUCCUUUUCAGUAUUUCAGUAUCGUCCAAGUAAAACUGUGUCAUUCCAUUUCGCUACUGCCGUGGUCCUUAUUUCUAUGUAACGAUGUAUUAGAAAGAGGAAUAAGAUGUCGAAGAGCGAUAACGGAAAGCGCUUACAACUGCCGGCUUUGGUUUUGUUUCCUCAUUAGUCAUCACAAGUUCAUUAUCUCACGACUAGAACAUGUGAGAUAUAGACAUUGCACUUGAAGUGGCGUGAUUUGUGCAUAAUGCAUGAGUAAUUGAUUUUAAAAGCCUAAAAUGAGAAAAAAAAUUAUCAUACAUGGCAGUAGCAAACUGAUGGACGCAUGCUCAGUGUUAAGACAUAGUCGGGAAUAUCAUAAUACUACAAAUCUGCAAUACUCACAUUCCGUCAACAUAUAUUUAUGACCUGGGACCAAUCAUUGUAAAAUUUGUAAUGGAGAUGGUAAAAAAAUGGAUGUAGCAUAAAGGACCAUGUUUUUCUAAGCAUAUGUGCAGUUGAGUUGAAUAAAUACUGAAAGAUUAAGGCUGUGUGUUGUAUUAUAGGGUGUGGUUGCUCUUUACAAUGAGAAGCAUAUUUAUGCCAAUAUUUCUGAAAGGCAUUACUUUUUUUAAGACGGUAUCCUGUUAGUUUGAUCCCCAUGUGUGGUUUGUUAUCAGUAAAGGAAAAAUACAAAACAGAAAUUCACAGGUUUUACAACACAAAAUGUUGCCUAGAGCUAUGCACAGCAAAUCACUGACACUUUGAGUAUCUUACAUAAAAAACCCUCAUCAGAUUACAGCAUACAAAUGUUACGUUAAACUGUGAGAUUAAAAUUGUUAAUGCAUGUAAUAUUGAAUCUUCUUAUUGUUUCCUGUUUGUUUGUGAAGUGAUUGAAAUUUUGUAGGUAGUUGAAAUGAUUAAAAGUAAUAAACCUUUGUGUGGAUUAUUUA